AGUAAGGAUCUCUGUGCCAGUUAGUUCUAUUUUGAAAGAUUUUGGGCGCGCAUCGCGGAGCGUCCAAAAUUCAUAAUAAAAAUCGUGAUCCUAUCCAUCCUUCGCGUUGAUAAUUGACAGUGAGCGUAGAAGGACCUUGGUCUCAAGUGUGUCCAAGAGCAUUUGUGAGUCCGGAUGUGUGUAGUGGCAUUGUGUGAAUUGUGAAUGAGCGAGGGCAAUCGUGAGGGUCACCUGAUUUAUGAACACGUGCAUUUUUGCCUUGGGAAUCGGGUUUCUUCUGAUCUCUAUGGCUCGAUCUCAAUUGUUUAUUCGUGCCGAGUGAAAAUAGUUUGGCUUGGCGUUCAUUGUUCCCCUCAGAAGUGGUUUUGAGUUGAUGCAAGAUCUGGUGGCCAACGUGUGAAUCGUUUCAAAUAGCAUUGGACAAACAAUGACGGAAUCCGCCGUUGAUUUGCGGGCCCAAUUAGACCGUUGUCUCAAAUCGAUUGCCCUGUUGAGGGAGCAGAAUCAACGAUUGUCACAAGAUAAUCAGGAGCUCCGGGAUUUAUGUUGUUUCCUCGAUGACGAUCGACAGAAAGGCAAACGAUUGGCCAGAGAGUGGCAGAAAUUCGGCAGAUACACGGCCAAAGUCAUGAGACAAGAGGUCUCAAGUUACCAAGGCAAAUUGAAGCGUUUGGAGGAGCAUCAGAAGAGGUUGAUGAAUGACAAUGCAGAGUUAAAGGAUCUUUGUCUGUAUUUGGAUGAGGAGCGAACCAACACGCUUUUACCAUGUCCACAUUGUCAUAAGCUCAUUGACCAGCCUUUGCCACCAAAUAUUGUAUACCCUAAUGGAAGCUCGGCCAACAAUCCUGGAGUCAAAGCCAAAGGGGCCCCGUCAUCAUUGAGUGAUGGUGGGAGUGGUCCAAUGUCCACUGCCACAUCCUCAUCAUCGGAAGAAGGCUCUAGUCUCCACGAUACUUCGGCGUCCAAUUGCUCUUCGGACACCAUGGAGAAGAUCAAUGUCCGGGAGCAACAACUGACCGAGUCCUCUGAGAAAGCUUUGGAGGUGUUUACUGUCUUCGAACAAGCCAACACUGCGGACCUUCAAGAGUACUCUUCGGAGCAAGCUAUCAUCAAGGAGAUGUGCAAUGUGGUGUGGAGAGCAUUGGAGAGUGAUGUCUAGAAAUACCGAUGGGAAUAAAUAAUACUUGCCGUCUUUCAUAAACAAUCACUGGAUGCUAAAUCUUUUCAUUUCUCAAGAUUGGGUUUGGUUCAGGUGUCUAAGGAUCUGUCUAUUUGAUAGGGUACUUGUUCGAUACACUAAAAGCCAUGGAUUUAGCCCAACCGGAGCAAUUUUUGAGAUUUUUGGAAAAAAAUCCUGGAGGUCCUCAAGGUUCUAGAUUCGAGUGUUGUUGAAGACCACUCGAUUCAACUUUACUAGCAUUUGUCUAAGGAGAAGAGAUUGG